UGGUGAGUGAGGGGAAGGCGGGCGGGGUGGGUCGUUGUGCGAAGUGGGAAAGGGGGGUGUGUCGCUAUAAGAAGCCAAAAAAGAGACUGAUGCAGUCAGUUGGUUCUGUCAAACUCUCCAAGCGUUAAUAAGGAUAAGACCUAUAACUACUGUCUACCACUCUGCAUCUACAAGAGACUGAGAUACGGUUUUAUAAGCCACACAUACGGGUUCUGCGCUACACUUGACACCCUAAAACCCUACAUCCUGCCCUACACCCUCAGGCCUCCACCCUCCUCCCGUCCCUAUCCUGUAUCCCUCUUGUCUGUCCGACUGGGUGUCCCUCUGUAGUGAGUCAUGAAGUGGCCUCUGUGGAGCCUGCUGCUGCUGCUGUGCCGGUGUACCCCAGGACAGAGUGGCUGCCAGGGGGACUGCCUGGCCUGUGGCCUCCUACUAUCCAACCCCCAGAGCCAGCAGCAAGCGUUCAAUACACUGGUGUGUCUGUUGAAGUGUGACGGUCACGUCUCCCCUGCCCUCACCUGGGAUCUGUGUCAGCGAGCCAUGCUACCGCACUACCCCCUCCCACCAGACGAUGACGCUGUGUCUAAGAGAGCAGAGGAAAAACUGUCCUUAAACCAUGGCCCCGUUGACCUGGAGUCAGAUGGAAAAAUGCUCUACUCUGCAGCCAUGGGGCUCUACCAGCAGGAUGGAGCGGACCAGGAAGACGAGGCCCUGGUGCGACGUGAUUCCCAGUACGACUCCUCUCCGCUGGGCUUGACCGCAGAAGGAGACUCGCUGGCGCUGGGUAUGGAGAGCAGGGAGGAGGAGGAGAUCAGGAGGAGAAGGAGCGGCCAGGGGGAGGAAGGAGACUCGCUGGCGCUGGGUAUGGAGAGCAGGGAGGAGGAGGAGGAGGUCAGGAGGAGGAGGAGCGGCCAGGGGGAGGAAGGAGACGAGGAGGAUGCCGUGGUCCAGCUGACCAAGCGUUUCGGGGGCUUCCUGAAAGGUCGUCACAGUUACAGGAAGUUGAUUGGCGGCCCGGAGAGGAAGUCGCUGCAGAAACGCCUCGGAGGGUUCAUCGGGAUCAGGAAGUCGGCCAGGAAGUGGAACAACCAGAAGAGGGUGAGCCAGCUCCUCCGGCAGUACCUGGGGAUGACCGGCAGCAGAACCCCUGGUCGCGGUGUUGGGAGGUUCACUAACCCAGCCCAGGGCCUCAGGAGGCUACCCAGCCGGCUGUAGCCUUCCCU